AUGAAAUUGACUCAAUUCUUAACAUUAUUAGCCGUUGCUGCUUCUGCCAGUGCCCUAACCACCGAACAACAAAUUCAAGAAAUGGAAAUUCUACUAACUGAUGUCGGUGCUAAUUUAAAUGAUUACGUUGGUUUAGUUGGUCAAAUGGAUAUCCCAGAUGCCUUAUUCGACAUUUACGGUGAAAUGUUAACCGCCACUGAUGACUCCUACACCACUUUAUUAGCUCAAUUAGAUAUGAGCCAAAUCUCCACGAUGAUGACCGCUUUACCAUGGUACUCUUCCAGAUUAUUACCAUUAGUCUCAACCUUCAACGAAGUUCCUGCCGCUCAAACAACUUCAACGACUGCUGCCGCUCAAACUAUUUCCACAACCGCUGCCGCCCAAACUACUGCAGUAGCUAACACUGAAGUUGCUAUUAGUUCUACUUCUAUUACAUCUUCAUCUGCUGCUACCGCUGCUCAAGUAUCCAGUAUUAAGUCUGUUAGUGUUCUAUUCUCCAAUACCACCUCUACAUCCGGUAAAGUUCAAGAUGCCAGUUCUUCUACCAAUGCUGUCUAUCAACAAACUGAAAACAAUGCCAUUAAUCGUAGUAUUGGUUUAGGUGCUGCUGUCGCGGCAGUUGCAGCUCUAUUAUUAUAG